CUCUCACUUUCACACACACACACACACACACACACACCGCCGGCAGCAUGGCUGGUAGCUUGUGUACAGGAUGGUUUCUGUCCAUAUUUGACUACAAAACAGAGAAAUUCGUGGUCGCCAGAAACAAGAAGGUGGGCGUGCUGUACAGACUGAUUCAGUUAACAGUCCUGGGCUACAUUAUAGGAGCUGCUCUCACACACAGGUGGGUUUUCAUCAACAAAAAGGGCUACCAGGAGACGGACGAGUCCAUCCAGAGCGCCGUCAUUACCAAACUUAAAGGUGUCUCACUGACCAACACCUCUGAGUCCGGCGUGCUGGUGUGGGGACCGGAGGACUUUGUCGUUCCACCACAGGGUGAAGAUGUUUUAUUUAUCGUUACCAAUUUUUUAGAGACGCCAAAUCAGACGCAAGGACACUGUGCGGAGAGUGCGAGGGUGCUGGACGGACACUGUGGAGAGGACAGAGACUGUGAAGCGGGGACGGCGGUGGUGGCUGGUCAUGGAAUAAAAAGCGGACGCUGCAUAAAAACAGACCCAAACUCCACGGGCACCUGCGAAAUCUACGGCUGGUGUCCAAUUGAAAGACAUUUCAAACCAAACCCUGCUCUGCUGUUUCUUCUCAAAAGACAACCUUUGCUGAAAAAUGCUGAAAACUUCACCAUCUACAUCAAGAACUUCAUCCAAUUCCCCAAAUUCAAAUUUUCAAAGUCAAACGUUCUGGAAACAAGUGAUGAAUUCUACUUGAAGAGGUGCCGAUACGAUGAAGAAGUCCACCCAUACUGCCCCAUCUUCCGCCUGGGCGACAUCACCCAGAGAGCCGGCUACAAGUUCCAGGACAUGGACACGUUGGGAGGCUGUAUUAGUAUCAUGAUCGACUGGAUCUGUGACCUGGACAAAGGCUACGAUCACUGUAACCCGCGAUACUUCUUCACUCGUCUGGACACCAGCGGCUCCAACAGAACCGCUGCAAAGGGAUUUAACUUCAGACACAGCCGCUAUUUCAAAACCGCUGCUGGUGAAAGCUACAGGUCUCUGUACAAGGUUUACGGUGUUCGAUUCAACAUCAUGGUUCAUGGAAAGGCCGGUAAGUUUAACAUCAUUCCGACAGUGGUCAACGCAGCCUCAGGACUGGCUGUAAUGGGUGCUGGCGCCUUCUUCUGUGAUAUGGUUCUUCUCUACCUGAUGAAGAAGGGCAGCUCCUACAGAGAGCGGAAGUACGAGGCGAUAAGAUGUCGGAAGUCUUCAUCACUGAAUGAUGAUGAUGAUGAUGAUGAUGAGAAGAAGAACAGGACGGCUGCUUCGUGCUCUGUACAGAAGACUCCUGAGGGGGAGACACAGACCGUUUGAAUGUUUGACUUAGUUGUGUUCACUGUUGAAAUAAAAAAUAUGUUUUUUUUUUAAAAAAA